AUUCACCUCUCUUGCCCCUCCAGCGGGGCAGGAUGUCAAUCGCGCAUCAAACAGCCACGUACCAACCGCAGAGUAGUCGACAACAAGCGUUAAUCCAGAGGCACUUUACAUUACUCCAAGCGUGUAAGGGACUAUCGAUAAUCGCAGCUAUCCUUGGAAGGUCUUAUUACGAACAUCAACAAAGACGGAAAAUGGCAGCGAGCGUACCUAGCAGGUCCCAUCUUAACCUAGAAAAAAUCAGCGAUCCUCUAACCGAAAACUUACUGGCCAAGCUGGCUUCAUGGUGUGAGACUGCCAAUUUUGCUCAAGAAGGAGAAAACUUGGAAAAAUGUGUUGAUGGGAAACUUGCGAGCGUUUGUCGGCAGCUACUCGAUACGCUGGACCUUGAAGGAAAGGUAUGAAAUUUCUUACAUUGUAUUAAACAAAUCUGACUUAGCAAGAUAAAAAAUCGUCGCUGGGGCUAUACAGUACUACGAACCGGACCUGGUCCAGCUCGGUUUCACAACACAGCCGGCCCAGCGUACCUUCUUCCCAUUCGCAUAAU